UAAAAUGAUUAUUCUGGCCCCGUCACAGAAGCCCUGACUCCAACGGCCUAAAUGUUGGUGCACGGGGUUGGGUGAGGCAAGACGGAGGUAGCACACCAUCUAGCAAUCUGGACAGCUAUAGGAGCAGACCCGCCGCUCGCAACAGCUGACGGAGCGGCGACUGCGGAGCCCGAGGCGGCGGCACACGUCCGACCCGUCCUCCCGCCGCCGCGCUGGGGUCGGCCGAAGCUGCAGCCAGGAGCGGGUCCUACCGCGCAGGGCACCACCCCGCCGGCCGCAGGGCGGGGGCAGGCGCGGGCCUCGGCCAGGGGAACCCGGCCGCGUCGACGCGUCCGACCUCGCCGCGGUCAGCGCGCACCGGCGAGCGGGCGGCAGGCCUCCCCGGCCGCCGGCCCCACCCGGCCGCACCCCGGGCUGCGCGGCGUCACAGAGCGCAUGCGUGCCGCGGGGGAUGCCGGGAGCGCGCAGUGGCGGCAGCGGCGGCGACGGCAGUAACAGCGGCCGCUCGAGCGGGGACACCGGCGGGGCGGUGACCGCGUGGGAGGUGGUCUCACUCUUGGGGAAACUGCUGGGGACCGUCGCCGCGCUGAAGGUGGUUCUGUACCUGCUCCGGGUGUGCCUCGCGAUGGCCUGGAAAUCCGGCGGCGCCAGCCACUCGGAGCUAAUCCACAACCUCCGCAAAAAUGGCAUCAUCAAGACAGAUAAAGUAUUUGAAGUGAUGCUGGCUACAGACCGCUCCCACUAUGCAAAAUCUAACCCUUACAUGGAUUCUCCUCAAUCAAUAGGUUUCCAAGCAACAAUCAGUGCUCCUCAUAUGCAUGCAUAUGCGCUAGAACUCCUGUUUGACCAGUUGCAUGAAGGUGCUAAAGCCCUUGAUGUAGGGUCUGGAAGUGGAAUCCUUACCUCGUGUUUUGCCCGGAUGGUUGGACAUAGCGGAAAAGUUAUUGGAAUUGAUCACAUUAAAGAACUAGUAGAUGACUCAAUAAACAAUGUCAAAAAAGAUGACCCGAUGCUUCUGUCCUCGGGGCGAGUGCGGCUGGUUGUGGGUGACGGAAGAAUGGGGUACCCUGAAGAAGCCCCUUAUGAUGCUAUUCAUGUAGGAGCUGCAGCACCCGUUGUGCCCCAGGCACUAAUAGACCAGUUAAAGCCUGGUGGAAGAUUGAUAUUGCCAGUCGGUCCAGCAGGAGGAAACCAAAUGCUGGAGCAGUAUGACAAGCUACAAGAUGGCAGUGUCAAGAUGAAGCCUCUCAUGGGGGUGAUAUACGUGCCUUUAACAGACAAAGAGAAGCAGUGGUCCAGGUGGAAGUGACUUUCUCUUCUGCUCUUUCUUCCACACAUUCAAGGUGAAAGGGUAUGAACUGUAAAAGCAACAUGAGCUUGACCAGUCUAUAACAUUGCAGUGGAUUGCUCAUCUCGGUCCUUAAAGCAUUUGAAAACCAACAGCAUCAGCUUGUUUUGGACUUCGUUAUACUCUUAUUUUCAGCAUGAAAAUGUGUGGUUUUGUAGGGUUUCCUAAUUCAAAGAGGUGCAGAGCCAAACUGGUAGAGGCUGGCUGCAAAGCGUAACUUUGUGUGUGGUUUUAACACGCCCACAUCUUACUUUAAAAAUAUUAAAAGAAAGGGUUCUCCAACUGGAAAGCUUCAUUUGUGAUUUAGUUUUGAAGAGUGGCUUUGCUUUUCUUGGACACUUAAUUCAGUUCCAAUAUUAUUUAUCAGAUUUCUUUUGUGCAUCAGAUAACACCACGUUCAUAAGUUAGGUUUCUUGGUAGCUAAUAUUUGUUAGCUGCUACUAAGACAAUAGAGAUGAGCUUUCUUCUUAAAGCUUUUGUUGUGGCGUCAUAGGAUAGCAUGUUGUAGAUACAGUCAGCUGCUGUUACCCUAAAACUAGGUGUUUGUAAAUACUGAAACUUAAGACGAUGGCAGGUGGUCCCCCCAACACAGCUGUUCAGAUUGGACAUCUCUGGUGUAACUUUCCUCUCUGAAAAUGAUAGGAGGCUUGUAGCUCACCCAUCGUUUUUUUGUUUCUAGUUUGCUGCUGAUAAUGUAUCUGCAUCUUACACUGUAAGCUGCUGCGUCCCUGCACAGUUUAUGCAGUGCUGCUUUGCCAAAUAAAAUUCAAAGCAAAAGAA